AUGCUCUUUUUCUUCUUGUCUAAGACGUAUUUUCUUCUCCUCCAGUUUUCCUCUUUCUUUUUCUCCUUCUUUCUUAAGUCGUUUUUUAUUAUUCUUCUUCUUCUUCAGCUCUUUUUCUUCUUGUCUAAGACGUAUUUUCUUCUCCUCCAGUUUUCCUUCUUCUUUUUCAUUUUCUUUCAUAAGUCGUUUUUUAUUCUUCUUCUUCUUCUUCUUCUUCUUCUUCUUCUACUUCUUCUUCUUCAGCCCUUUUUCUUCUUGUCUAAGACAUAUUUUCUUCUCCAGUUUUCCUUCUUCUUUUCUUCUUCUUUCUUAAGUUUUUUUUUUCUUCUUCUUCAGCCCUUUUUCUUCUUGUCUAAGACAUAUUUUCUUCUUCUCCUUUUUUCCUUCUUCUUUUCUUCUUCUUUCUUAAGUCGUUUUUUCUUCUUCUUCUUCAGCCCUUUUUUCUUCUUUUCUAAGACGUAUUUUCUUCUCCUCCAGUUUUCCUUCUUCUUUUCUUCUUCUUUCUUAAGUCGUUUUUUUUCUUCUUCUUCUUCAGCCUUUUCUUCUUGUCUAAGACCCUUUUUCUUCUUGUCUAAGACAUAUUUUCUUCUCCUCCAGUUUUCAUUCUUCUUUUUCUUCUUCUUUCUUAAGUCGUUUUUCUUCUUCUUCUUCUUCUUCUUCUUCUUCUUCUUCUUCUUCUUCUUCUUCUUCUUCUUCUUCUUCAGCCCUUUUUCUUCUUGUCUAAGACGUAUUUUCUACUCCUCCAGUUUUCCUUCUUCUUUUUCUUCUUCUUUCUUAAGUCGUUUUUUAUUCUUCUUCUUCUUCUUCUUCUUCUUCAGCCCUUUUUCUUCUUGUCUAAGACGUAUUUUCUUCUCCUCAAUUUUUUUUUUCUUCUUCUUCUUCAGCUCUUUUUCUUCUCGUCUAAGACGUAUUUUCUUCUCCUCCAGUUUUUCUUCUUUUUCUUCUUUCUUUCUUAAGUCAUUUUUUUUCUUCUUCGUCUUCUUCUUCAGCUCAGUUUUCUUUUUUUCUUCUUGUCUAAGACGUAUUUUCUUCUCCUCCAGUUUUCCUUCUUCUUUUUCAUUUUCUUUCUUAAGUCGUUUUUUAUUCUUCUUCUUCUUCUUCUUCUUCUUCUUCUUCUUCUUCUUCAGCCCUUUUUUCUUCUUGUCUAAGUUUUAUUUUCUUCUCCAGUUUUCUUUCUUCUUUUCUUCUUCUUUCUUAAGUCGUUUUUCUUCUUCUUCUUCCUUUUUCUUCUUGUCUAAGACAUUCGUUUUUUAUUCUUCUUCUUCUUCUUCUUCUUCUUCUACUUCUUCUUCUUCAGCCCUUUUCUUCUUGUCUAAGAUAUUAUUUUCUUCUCAGUUUUUCUUUCUUCUUUUCUUCUUCUUUCUUAAGUCGUUUUUUUUUCUAUUCUUCUUCAGCCCUUUUUCUUCUUGUCUAAGACAUAUUUUUCUUCUCCAGUUUUUCUUCUUCUUUUCUUCUUCUUUCUUAAGUCGUUUUUCUUCUUCUUCUUCUUCCCUUUUUUCUUCUUGUCUAAGACACGUAUUUUCUUCUCCUCAGUUUUCCUUCUUCUUUUUCUUCUUCUUUCUUACGUCGUUUUUUAUUCUUCUUCUUCUUCUUCUUCUUCUUCUUCUUCUUCUUCUUCUUCAGCUCUUUUCUUCUUGUCUAAGACGUAUUUUUUUCUCCUCAGUUUUCCUUCUUCUUUUCUUCUUCUUCUUUCUUUUUUUCUUCUUCUUCUUCUUCAGCUUUUUUUCUUCUUGUCUAAGACAUAUUUUCUUCUCCUCCAGUUUUCCUUCUUUUUUCUUCUUCUUUCUUAAGUCGUUUUUUUCUUCUUCUUCUUCUUCUUCUUCUUCUUCUUUUUCUUCAGCCCUUUUUCUUCUUCCCUUUUUCUUCUUCCCUAAGACGUAUUUUCUUUCCUCGUUUUUUUUCCUUCUUCUUUUUUCUUCUUCUUUCUUAAGUCGUUUUUUUUCUUCUUCUUCUUCUUCAGCCCUUUUUUCUUCUUGUCUAAGACGUAUUUUCUUCUCCUCCUUUUUUUCCUUCUUCUUUUUCUUCUUCGUUCUUACGUUUUCUUUUUUCUUCUUUUUUUCUUCUUCUUCUUCUUCUUCAGCCCUUUUCUUCUUGGCUAAGACGUAUUUUCUUCUCCUCCAGUUUUCCUUUUCUUUUCUUCUUCUUUUUCAUUUUUUUUUCUUUUCUUUCUUAAGUCGUUUUUUAUGCUUAUUCUUCUUCUUCUUCUUCUUCUUCUUCUUCUUCUUCUUCUUCUUCAGCCCUUUUUCUUCUUGUCUAAGACGUAUUUUCUUCUCCUCCAGUUUUCCUUCUUCUUUUUCUUCUUCUUUCUUAAGUCGUUUUUUCUUCUUCUUCUUCAACCCUUUUUCUUCUUGUCUAAGACGUAUUUUCUUCUCCUCCAGUUUUUCUUCUUCUUUUUCUUCUUCUUUCUUAAGUCGUUGUUUAUUCUUCUUCUUCGGCCCUUUUUCUUCUUGCCUAAGACGUAUUUUCUUCUCCUCCAGUUUUCCUCCUUCUUUUUCUUCUUCUUUCUUAAGUCGUUUUUUUUUUCUUCUUCUUCUUCUUCAGCCCUUUUCCUUCUUGUCUAAGACGUAUUUUCUUCUCCACCAGUUUUCCUUCUUCUUUUUCUUCUUCUUUCUUACGUCGUUUUUUAUUCUUCUUCUUCUUCUUCAGCCCUUUUUCUUCUUGGCUAAGACGUAUUUUCUUCUCCUCCAGUUUUCCUUCUUCUUUUUCUUCUUCUUUCUUAAUUUUCCUUCUUCUUUUUCUUCUUCUUUCUUAAGUCGUUUUUUUCUUCUUCUUCUUCUUCAGCCCUUUUUCUUCUUGUCUAAGACGUAUUUUCUUCUCCUCCAGUUUUCCUUCUUCUUUUUCUUCUUCUUUCUUAAGUCAUUUUUUUCUUCUUCUUCUUCUUCUUCUUCUUCUUCUUCAGCUCUUUUACUUCUUCUCUUUUUCUUCUUGUCUAAGACGUAUUUUCUUCUCCUUUCUUUUCUUCUUCAUUCUUCAUUUUUUUCUUCUUUUUUCUUCUUCUUUCUUAAGUCGUUUUUUUUUAUUCUUCUUCUUCUUCAGCCCUUUUUCUUCUUGUAUAAGUUUUCCUUCUUCUUUUUCUUCUUCUUUCUUAAGUCGUUUUUUUUCUUCUUCUUCUUCUUCAGCCCUUUUCCUUCUUGUCUAAGACGUAUUUUCUUCUCCUCCAGUUUUCCUUCUUCUUUUUCUUCUUCUUUCUUACGUCGUUUUUUCUUCUUCUUCUUCUUCUUCUUCAGCUCUUUUUCUUCUUGUCUAAGACUUUUCCUUCUUUUUUUUUCUUCUUUCUUAAGUCAUUUUUUUUCUUCUUCUUCUUCUUCUUCUUUUUUUUCUUCUUGGCUUAAGACAUACUUUCUUCUUCUCCAGUUUGCCUUCUUCUUUUCUUCUUCUUUCUUAAGUCUUUUUUUCUUCUUCUUCUUCUUCAGCCCUUUUUCUUCUUGUCUAAGACGUAUUUUCUUCUCCUCCAGUUUUCCUUCUUCUUUUUCUUCUUCUUUCUUACGUCGUUUUUUAUUCUUCUUCUUCUUCUUCAGCUCUUUUUCUUCUUGUCUAAGACAUAUUUUCUUCACCAGUUUGCCUUCUUCUUUUUCUUCUUCUUUCUUAAGUCGUUUUUUUUCUUCUUCUUCUUCUUCAGCCCUUUUUCUUCUUUUUUCCUUCUUCUUUUUCUUCUUCUUUCUUAAGUCGUUUUUUUUCUUCUUCUUCUUCAGCCCUCUUUCUUCUUGUCUAAGACGUAUUUUCUUCUCCUCCAGUUUUCCUUCUUCUUUUUCUUCUUCUUUCUUACGUCGUUUUUUAUUCUUCUUCUUCUUCUUCUUCUUCUUCUUUUUCUUCUUCUUCUUCAGCUCUUUUUCUUCUUGUCUAAGACGUAUUUUCUACUCCUCCAGUUUUCCUUCUUCUUUUUCUUCUUCUUUCUUAAGUCGUUUUUUAUUCUUCUUCUUCUUCAGCUCUUUUUCUUCUUGUCUAAGACGUAUUUUCUUCUCCUCCAGUUUUCCAUCUUCUUUUUCUUCUUCUUUCUUAAGUCGUUUUUUAUUCUUCUUCUUCUUCUGCAGCUCUUUUUCUUCUUGUCUAAGACGUAUUUUCUUCUCUUCCAGUUUUCCUUCUUCUUUUUCUUCUUCUUUCUUAACUCGUUUUUUCUUCUUCUUCUUCUUCUUCUUCUUCUUCUUCAGCUCUUUUUCUUCUUGUCUAAGACGUAUUUUCUUCUCCUCCAGUUUUCCUUCUUCUUUUUCUUCUUCUUUCUUACGUCGUUUUUUAUUCUUCUUCUUCUUCUUCUUCAGCUCUUUUUCUUCUUGUCUAAGACGUAUUUUCUUCUCCAGUUUUCCUUCUUCUUUUUCUUCUUCUUUCUUAAGUCGUUUUUUAUUCUUCUUCUUCUUAAGCGCUUUUUCUUCUUGUCUAAGACGUAUUUUCUUCUCCUCCAGUUUUCCUUCUUCUUUUUCUUCUUCUUUCUUAAGUCGUUUUUUAUUCUUCUUCUUCUUCUUCAGCUCUUUUUCUUCUUGUCUAAGACGUAUUUUCUUCUCCUCCAGUUUUCCUUCUUCUUUUUCUUCUUCUUUCUUAAGUCGUUUUUUCUUCUUCUUCUUCUUCUUCUUCUUCUUCUUCUUCUUCUUCUUCUUCUUCUUCUUCUUCAGCUCUUUUUCUUCUUGUCUAAGACUCGUUUCUUUUUCUUCUUCUUCAGCCCUUUUCUUCUUGUCUAAGACGUAUUUUCUUCUCCUCCAGUUUUCCUUCUUCUUUUUCUUCUUCUUUCUUAAGUCGUUUUUUUUCUUCUUCUUCUUCAGCUCUUUUUCUUCUUGUCUAAGACGUAUUUUCUUCUCCUCCAGUUUUCCUUCUUCUUUUUCUUCUUCUUUCUUAAGUCGUUUUUUAUUCUUCUUCUUCAGCCCUUUUUCUUCUUGUCUAAGACGUAUUUUCUUCUCCUCCAGUUUUCCUUCUUCUUUUUCUUCUUCUUUCUUAAGUCGUUUUUUUUCUUCUUCUUCUUCUUCAGCUUUUUUCUUCUUGUCUCAGUUUUCCUUCUUCUUUUUCUUCUUCUUUCUUAAGUCGUUUUUUAUUCUUCUUCUUCUUCUUCAGCUCUUUUUCUUCUUGUCUAAGACUUAUUUUCUUCUCCUCCAAUUUUUCUUCUUCUUUUUCUUCUUCUUUCUUAAUUUUCCUUCUUCUUUUUCUUCUUCUUUCUUAAGUCGUUUUUUAUUCUUCUUCUUCUUCUUCAGCUCUUUUUCUUCUUGUCUAAGACGUAUUUUCUUCUCCUCCAGUUUUCCUUCUUCUUUUUCUUCUUCUUUCUUAAGUCGUUUUCUUCUUCUUCUUCUUCUUCUUCUUCUUCUUCUUCUUCUUCAGCUCUUUUUCUUCUUGUCUAUGACUCUUUUUCUUCACCAUCGUUUCUUCUUCUUCUUCUUCUUUUUCUUCUACUUCUUUUUCUUCUUCUUCUUCACUGAUUUUUCUUCUUCUCUAACUCUUCUUCUUCUUUUUCCCAAAGUUUUCCUUUUCUUUUUAUUCACUUUUUCCUUUCCUCUAUUCUUUGUUUUCUUCUUUUUCGUCUUCUUCAACUCUUUUUCUACUUCAUUAAAUAGUAUUUCUCUCUCUGCUUCUUUUUCCUCUUCUCCUUUUACGCCUUCUUCUUCAACACUUUUUCUUCUUCACAAAGUCGUAUUUCUCAAUCUUCUUCUUCCUCUUCUUUUUCAACACUUUUUCUUCUACAACCGGUAUUCACUAAAUCGUAUUUCUCAGUCUCCUUCGUCUACCUCGUUUACUUCUUAUUCAAAUUUUUUCCUCUUCACAAAUUGGCAUUUCUCAUUUUUCUUCUUCACUAACUCGUAUUUCUCAGUCAGUUUCUUCUUCCUCUUUCCUUCUUUUUUAAAUUUUUACUUCUUCACUAACUUUAGUUUUCUCCUUCCUCUUUGUUUCUUUUUCAACUCUUUUUCUUCUUCACUAACACGUAUUUCUCAGUCUGUCUCUUCUUCAUCUUUGAUUCUUUUUCGGCUUUUUUUCUUCUUCACUAACUCGUAUUUCUCAACUUUUUUCUUCUUCACUAACUUGUAUUUCUCACUCACUUUCUUCUUCCUCUUUCCUUCAUUUUUAACUUUUUUCUUCUUCACUAACUUUCACUUUCUUCAUCCUCUUUGCUUCUUUUUCGAUUCUUUUUUUCUUUUUCACAUAUUUUUCAUCUUCUUUUUCUUUUUUUUAUUCUUCUAUUUUUUUUCUUCACCCUCGUUAAAUCUUGUCUUCUUAUGUUCUCAGGCACAUCUACGUCUUUUUGAACUUCUUUAA